UCUGUUGUUGUAGCAACAGACGUUGACUUCAGAUAAAUUUUGUGUUGAGUUGUUGUAUGGGUGUCUGUCUUGACUUUUGCCAAGUUGCUGAUGUCAGUCUUCAGUGUUCACUGUUAAAGAUACAAAGUACCCCUUGACAAUAGAAGCGGAUAACGACGGCGCGAGCGUGUAAUUGUUUGACUUGUUUGUCUUUUGGAAGAGGGUAAAAAUAUUGUCGAAUUUUUUUUUUGCAUUUGGCCUUUAACGAUCGAUGUUUUCGAAAGUGUAAUUCUAUUGUUGCCGUAGUGUGGUGGCAGGCAACCUAUGCGUGUUUCCUGCAGGUCCAGUGUUAAAUGUGAAAUUGUUAUUUUUGCCAAAAUAAAAAGAAUUACGGCCAAGAAUAAUGAAAUAGAAUGCAAACCGUUACCAUGCAAUUGUCCGAUCAUUGUAGUCUGACGCGAAUCAAAAGAAGCUUGCCUUCCUACCACUUUAAUAAAUUGCACAGAGAGAUCUGUGAAAUAUUGUAAAAUACAAUAUCGAAAUGAGUGUGUGUCUGUUUGUGUGUUUGAAUAAGCCUACAAUGUACUAAAACUAAGUAACAAAAAUAAAUUUGGAAAAACUACUUAGCGUUUGCGUGACGCUGUAAAUAUAGAUCGAUGCUUGAAAGUUUUUUCGUUGCCUUUUUUCUUUUGUGAAGUUUUCAACUUGGCAUUUGUUUUUAAUAUAAGUUUUUGUGUAUGUGUGUGUCCGUUGUGGCCAAGACGACAACAAGCCACGUUAAGAUAGCCAAAGUCCUUCUAGACUGCUUAAUAAGCAGCAGCCGAGCUUCAUUAAAGUGUCUUGCAACACAAGUACGAGUACUACGCGAACGCAACAACAACAACAACAGCAGCAACAAGUCCACUUAUAGAAAUACGUGAAAAAGUGCAAUCGACCGACGGUACGUCUCCAACCAACAAACCAACAAGAAAUACAGCCGGCCAACACAGUGGCAAUUGCGGCAUCACAACCGAAUACUUUGAAGGCUGUCGUUGGCAGUUAUCUAUUUCUUGUUGUUGUUGCCAUUGCAGUUGUGGCAGUGGCAUAGCUUUUUAUGCAAUUUAAGCCUCAAGAAUUAUCAACCAACGUUCUUGUCGUGUUUUUUGCGCGUUUCUUACUUUCGAGAGUGAAUGUGUCCCAAGACAUCGUUAGUUUCGUUCCAGAGAGGUCGUUGUUGUUGUGCUGCAGUCGAUUUUCUUGGCCCAUAACCAAGUACAACGAAUAAAGAAAUAUUUCGCUCAUUAACGAGAACCGUUUGCCAAGGAAACAACCGGCCAGCCCGAGCGACCAACCAAAAAAGAAAAAGGAAUAAAUAAAAGUACCCCAUGAAAAUGCAAUAAAAAGCGAAUUAAACGUUUAAACUCCCAUUCAAAAGUGACAAUAAAACCUCUCCUAAACACGACAAUGAAUAAAUAUCCAACAGAUAAGAUCGAAACAACAAUAGCAACCAGUUAAAACAACUAGAUUUGUGGCUAAUCACUAAAUCACUAAGCCUAUCAUAAUUAAAAAUCGUUCAACAUAAUUUGAAUGAUCAACAGCCAAAAAAAAAAAAAAAAAUACUCUAGCAGUCAAUAAAAUACCAGUAAUACAACCGAAACAACAACAACAACAGCAGCAAUAAAAUUAUAUUAAAAAGGAAAUUCCGAAUUGAAAUCAUAAAAUAUAGUAAUAAAAUAAAACAAAUUAGAAAAAAGUGAUAAAAAAUAAUUUCCAACAAAGCGUGCGAUUGUCUUCAAUGACAAUCUCGGUUGUUCCGAAAAAAAGUAAAAUCAUAAAUCCCAUAAGCAUUCAUUUUUAAUAAAUCAUGGAAUUAAAAUUAAAUUUCUGUGGCAAAUAUUUUUGAAUGAGAAAUAUUUUUUAAUAUUGUCAAAAAAAAAAUAAAAAAAGUGAUAAAUUACUUCUGUGAAUUUGUGUUAAUUCGGUUGGUGUGAAUCACAGUGAAUCUGUUGUUUUCUUAAAUUUGAAUACACAAAAAUAUUUUACCUCUGAACAUGUGAAUGUAAGAGUGUGCAGCAUAAGCCCAUAAAUACUAAUUUAUAUUAAAGGAUAAUCAGCUGGCGAAUUCAACAAAAUGGAUAACUUUCAAACCACAAAUGUUCCAGAAUUAGAAAGACCAAUCAGUCGAACGCCACUUACACAGGUGUCGUACCUACAAAAAAUACCAACAUUACCGCGUCAUUUUUCACCAAGUUCAGCGGCGGCAGCAACGGCAGGUUCUGUUGGUGGACCAUCGGCAAGUUCAAACACACCACCUCCAUUACCCCCUUUGGGAAGUCUAAGACAUCUAGGCCAAAGUAAUGUCCCAUCAUCAUCAACAACAGCAGCAUCGGCCUUAUCGUCGACAACUUCGGGGCCAAUGCCCAGUAGUUCUUCUGCUGGGGCUUUAUUUAAUCCUGCCGGCUUGCCAACAUCACCAUUGCCAAUGCAACGUCAAUACCUUCAACAACAGCAGCAGCAGCAGCAGCAGCACCAGCAGCUACAACAAACACCUCAUUUGCCACCAUUACCACCACACCAGCAGCAGUUACAUCCUCAUCACCACCAUCAGUAUCUGCCACCACAUCUACAGACGCAUCAUCAGCCACAGCAAACAUCAGCCUCAUUGCCACAUCACCACCAACAGCAACAGCCAUCACAGUACUCACCUGCGGCAUCUGCAUCGUCAUCAAUCUCCAAGUAUUCCUCAUCAUCGAUCAAGCAUCCACCUCAUCACCAUCAGCACCAACAUCAGCAACAACAACAACAGCAGCAGCAGCAAACACAGCAACAGCAUCCACACCAACAAACCCAUCAGUUAUCACCGGCCAUCUCUUCACCAUCACCGCCCUCCCUGUUACACCAUCCAUCGGGUGGCUUUCAUGCACCCUUUAUGGUGGGCCAACACCUAGACAUCCAACGGCAAUCGCAUUCAGAUGAUGACAGUGGUUGUGCUCUGGAGGAGUAUACAUGGGUACCACCGGGACUACGACCGGACCAGGUGCGUUUGUAUUUCUCACAAAUAUCCGAUGAUAAAGUGCCAUAUGUCAACAGUCCCGGAGAGCAAUAUCGAGUGCGGCAAUUGUUGCAUCAGCUUCCGCCGCACGAUAACGAGGUUCGUUACUGUCACUCUCUGACGGAUGAGGAACGCAAAGAACUUCGCCUAUUCUCCACACAACGUAAACGUGAUGCACUUGGACGUGGCAAUGUCAGACCUCUGAUGAGUGCACGUCCCUGCGACGGGUGCGACGAUUUGAUUUCCACCGGUGACAUGGCAGUGUUUGCUUCUCGUUUGGGCCCCAAUACCUCCUGGCAUCCAGGUUGCUUCGUGUGCUGCGUUUGCCGUGAAUUGCUUGUCGAUCUUAUCUACUUUCAUCGAGAUGGACGCCUGUAUUGUGGCCGUCAUCACGCAGAAACUUUGAAACCACGCUGCUCCGCCUGUGAUGAGAUUAUCCUGGCCGAUGAGUGCACCGAAGCAGAAGGACGUGCCUGGCAUAUGAAUCACUUUGCCUGUCAGGAGUGCGAAAAGCAAUUGGGUGGCCAGAGGUACAUUAUGCGUGAGGGCAAGCCCUAUUGUCUGCUCUGUUUCGAUGCGAUGUUCGCUGAAUACUGUGAUUACUGUGGCGAAGCUAUUGGCGUAGAUCAAGGACAAAUGAGCCAUGACGGCCAGCAUUGGCAUGCCACCGACGAGUGCUUCUCGUGCAACACAUGUCGCUGUUCACUGCUGGGACGUGCAUUUCUGCCCAGACGUGGCUCCAUCUAUUGUUCCAUAGCCUGCAGUAAAGGUGAGCCACCGACACCGUCGGACAGUUCGGGCACCGGCAUGUACACCACACCCACGCCACCCACUCAGCGAGUAAGACCUCAGACGCGUAUUCCGUCAAGUCAUGCCUCAAGUUCGCCGCCAAUGUCACCUUUGCAACAACAGCAGCAUCAGCAAAACUUCAACAAUGCCAUGUAUCAGCUGCAAAGUCAGCAAAUAGCGGCUGGCAUCUCGAAUAGCAGCAGUGUGAAUGUUGUCGGGGGAUCCAAUGUGGGUUUGGUGGCCAUAUCCACCUCGUCGGAUGGUGCUAAGCAAAGUUAUCCCACCUCGGAUUCAGAUGCGGGUGUGGUCAAGGAUAUGGAGCAUACGGCAGGUGAUUUUACCGACUUUUCGGGAGGCAUUAACUCGUCGUCCUCCCAGAAUAUGUCACCCCUAACAUCGCCGGGAGAAUUCAAUCAUUUGAUGCCAAAGCCCAUGGAACUGAAACGUGAAGGGCCGUAUAAUUUCAAUGAAAUGGCUCUCAACCUGGAUUCAACCUGGCCCAAUAAGCCCAUAUUGACAGGAGCCACUAGCUAUAACCUGCAAAGACAGCUGCAUCAAAUAUCCGAAGUGGAAAAUUCGAAAACCUCCAGUAUGCCUGAGCUGUCGAUACAAACAAAUUCUUCGUUACCUAAAAAUCCAAAUGCCAUCACUCAACAAUAUGGAAAUUGUCCAGAAUAUUCACAACCCUUGCAACAAACGCAGGCACAUCCUGCAACUUCUGCACCGCCCUCGGAGGUUCCUGAUCUUCCAACACCAAAUUUAUCGGUGGCCUCAACAGCUCUUCCUCCAGAGUUGAUGGGAUCGCCCACAGCCUCGGCCGGUGAACGUUCCAUUGUGUCACAUCAGUCAGCUCAGUCGGGUACAAAUCCGCCCAUACAUCCAGUUUCUAUUUUGAGUGGAGCAUCCUCAUCGUCACCUAUGAGCGGUGGUGGGGAGAGUAAAAAAGCCAAAGGUGUUCGAUUCGAAGGUAUACCCGCCGAUACAUUGCCACGAUCUCGCAGUUAUUCGGGCAAUGGUGCCGGGACCAAUCGAAGCACUGAUAACAGUUCUGAGCCAACGCAACGACAUGGCGGUCACUCUUCACGACGACGAAGACGACGAAAAUCUCAUCGUUCCGGCAGUGGUCAUCGUUCCAAUUCCACAACACGAGCCGACACAUACAACACAACACAGCCGCUCUCAUCUUCGUACCAAGGACCACCUUCCAUUCUGCAAUCAGCCACAUUAGAUCCUACCCGACAUCAUCAUUCAUCGCAGACUACCAUGUCGACCGGGCAACACGAUGACGAUUCAGAUGAUGCGUCCAGUGUGUGCUCGACCUGCUCUUCCAGUUCGUCCAGUUCCGAGGAUUAUAUGAUGUAUCAACUGCCACAGCGACGUCAUUAUGGCGGUGUACGCGUCAGUUAUGUGCCGAACGACGCCUUGGCCUACGAUCGCAAACGCAAGACUUCCGAUGCGAACGACAAAGACAAGAAUUGUAUCAUUUCGUGAUUUACAAGCAAAGGCAAAUGCGUGAGCAUCGAUGCUGCUGCAAUAACUGGUCGGCAACAACAUAACUGCCAAUUGUGUCCAUGCAAAAAACACAUCAAUGUCUCCCUCCUCCUGUCUUUUCUUCGUCUUUUGUUCUAGCGCUAAUGCUGCCAAAGGCAAAAUCGAUACCGCCGUCGCCAAUACCAACGCCACUAGUUUUCGUUUCUACCACCAACACCACCGUCAUCUUCUUCAAAAUAAUUUAUGCUGUUAGAAGCAGCUACAUAUUAAUUAAGGAUUUUUGUUUUUGUCUUCAUCGGUUUCGUGGAGUUUGCAUUUGGCGUUUAGAUGUUUGAUUUUAUACAUUACCGCACAGUGAAUUAAAAACUGAAAAUUGUGGAUUAAAUUGCCUAUGUUAAAAUAAUAUAUAAGAGAUAUGUAAGCUGUGCUUUCAAAAAUGUAGGACAAAAGUACUAAAGUCGAUAUUGAAAUAAUUUUUACAAUCCCCAAUAGGGAUUUAAUAUCAACCAAUAAUUCACUCCUUCGAUUCGUUGAAGAAUAUUUAAAUAUUAUGAAAAAAAAAAUUGAAAUGUUUGAAGGAAGUUCUCUCCCUUCUCGCAUUCAUUAAGUCAUUUAACUUAUGCAAUUUUCCUACUCAGUGAACCUAAAUGGGACGUAUUUUAUUUGUAGACAUUUGCCAUUCCAUACAGAUCUCCUAGACGCCCCACAGUAAAUCAGAAAUAUUUGCAAGUCCGUUAACCACUUAAGACUUUCUUUCAAUCAAAGGUUUGGUCCAACCGUUUCAACCGUAGUUAUACGAUGAUUUUUAAGCCUUUGACACAGAUAAAUAAGUCAUUUUAAAUUCCAAGAUGUUCAGGUAGGAAGCUCUUUUUUAAAAUCUACGAACUUUGUUUAGGAAUUCCUUGUUUAUAGACGCUAGUAAAUUUCCGCUUACUUCUUAAAAAAUAUUUCUAAAAACACCAAAAUUCUAGAACAAAAAUUUUAAAAUUUAGAAAAAAAAAUAAAAACAACUCUUUUCGUCGCCAGGAAGAUCUUAAAAAAUGGUCAAAUGGUCACCUGGUCACCAUUUGUCAAACAUAUUAAAACGUGUUAAAUUCGGAACUGCAGGAUUUGGCCUUUUGUGGAAAGAAAAGAGAAAAUAUAUUUCAGGAAAAUCAGGCACUGAUUUUUAGAACACAGAUUUACUUGUUAUACACGGGAGUGAAAAUUACUCGCGAGCAGGAAUGUCAUAAGAGUACGAAUUUUAUACGAAGUUUACUUUCUACAUGUUUGUUAGGGUGUGAGAGCUUCAGACUUGCUCCUGUUUGAGAAAAUUGAAUGAGAGUGGUCACGCAUGAAAUAAAGUACAAGUUUACUCUAAGAGUGAAAUCGAGUGGUAUUUUAGUUGCUAAUUUGUAUCUGGGAGUAACAGCAAACUGCAGAUACAAGGAUCAGAUGGAUUUUUGUAUGCUCGUGGUAGUUUGUUGGUACAGAUUGGCGGCAAUGCUCUUCAACAUGUUUGGCAAAAACUAAAAAGAGUACUCUGAAAGAGUAGAAUCUUUUAAUAUGCUAGUGAUUUUCACUCUCUCUCUCUUUCUCUCUCUCUACUUCGGGCGAGUAUUUCGGAGGUCUUCUGAUUUAACAAAUAUUAAGGAAUAGAGCAACAUUUUCUAUAUUGGAAAGCGAAAAAAUGCAUACUGAUAUUGCAACAAGCGUUGCAGACGGACGAAUAAAAUGAUAUUUCUAGAUCAGUUCCAAAUAUCUUUAAAACGAUUUCGUCCAAAGCGUUCAGUGUAACUAUCCCGUAUUUUAAUAAGGUUCUCGAAAUUCGAUAUAGUUACACUAUGGAAAUGCAAAAAUAUCUUUUUCAGUUAUUCUCUCAUAAAAUUAUAAAAAAUUCUCAUCUUAGUUCCACAUCCCCGGUCAUAAUCUCCAUUGAAAUUAUUCCUCCUGGGGGAUGACCAUUGAAAAAUGUUCGGACAUAAUCCCCAGAAAGAAAACAAGUAAAAAAAACAAUAAGUUCGGCCGGGCCAAACUUUUAAUACCCUCCACUUUAGGGUAAAGGAAACAUUAGAAGAAAUGUGGCAAAAACCAUCAAAAUACCGAAUAUCGGGAAGUACCGUUAUAUGGGGCUAUAUCAAAUCAUGGAACUAUACAUACAAUGUUUCGCCAACGGAGCUAGAACCCAUUAUGAUUACCAAUUUUCAGACAAAUCCGUGAAAAAAUGUGGCAAAAAUCAUCAAAUUACCGAAUGUCGGGAGGUACAGUUAUAUGGGGGCUAUACCAAAACGUGGACCUAUAAUUACAAUGACUCACCACACGAACAUGGGUCAUGAUCUACAACUACCAAUUUUCAGAGUAAUUACAAUGACUCACCACACGAACAUGGGUCAUGAUCUACAACUACCAAUUUUCAGAGUAAUUCUUGAAAAAAUGUGUUAAAGAUCAUCAAAAUGCCGAAUAUUGGGAGGUACCGUUAUAUGGGGACUAUAUGUAAUGUUUUACCACACGCACAGGGACCCAUUAUGACCUACAAGUACCAAUUUUCAGACAAAUUCGUGAAAAAAUGUGGUACCGUUAUAUGGGUACCGUUAUAUGGGGACUAUACCAGAACGUGGACCGAUAUAUCUCAUUUUCAAUACCAACCAUCCUAGACACAAUACAAAUUGCUCUGCUAAAUUUUGGCGCUCUACGUCAAAUAAUGUGGGCUGUAUCGUGAUUUCAACAGACAGACAGGCAGACAGACAGACAGACGGCCAUCGUUAAAUCGACUUAGAAUUUUAUUCUGAUUAUGAUAAGAAUUUUAUUCUGAUUAAUUUAUGGGGUCUACGACGAAUAUUUAAGGAUGUUACAAACGGAAUGACAAAGUUAAUAUACCCUCCUUUCCAAGGUGGAAGGUAUAACAAGGUUUGUUGAGUUAUGGGCUAUGCCACGAUUGACUUGAAACCCGGUUUUCCACCCGAAAACUCGGAUACAAAUACUGGAUUUAUUCAAAUUGGUAUCAUUUGGAAGCUUAUGAAAAUACCUAUCCAACAAGAGAUCAUAUGAUGGUUGUUUGAACCGGUUCGAGAUCAAUACAUAAAAUUUUGUAUUUUUGUAUCGAAGCUUUUUGAAAAGUCGAAAAUGACCCCUUUGGGGUAUUAAGGUAUAUAUACUACAUUAUAGCCUCUUGCUCUUCCAAAAUGGUGCCAUAUGUGGUGAUAUCUCUUGAAGUUCCGAAGAUAUUGGCUUUAAAAUCGAAGGUUGUCUACUUACAAAAGUUACAAAGUUUGGAGAAAACUAUGGAUUGUGUAUCCGGUGUUGAACAUCUUAAAAUCUCAGUCCCGGCCGAAGUCUGGCUAAUUUUAAAAGCUCUAAAAGAUACAUGGAAAAAUUGUGUGCAUAUCAGUUUUGUAAAAACGGAUAAAACCCGGAAUCCGCAUUUUCGAGUCGAAUAACCGGGUAUUUCCCACUCGAAAAAAUUACUUUGCCGUAAUCAGGUUAAAAAUACCUACAUCAUUAUUUUGGGGAUUAUGUCUGCUACUUUCUAGGGAUUACGACCGAUUAUUUUGGACAUAAUCCCCACUCCAUUAUGGGGGUUAUGAUAAUGGGGAUUAUAUCUGUGGCACCUGAAGAUGGGUCAUAUCGGUCCACUCUUUUUGGUACCUUACCCAUAAAAUAAGUUCGAUCCUCCAUUACUUCCAAUAUUUUGGUGUGGUGCGAAGAUUUACAAUAUCUGCUGACAGCGUCCGUUACCUUCCCAACAAACGGUCUACAUUUUGAAAAAAGCUCCACAAUAAGAUGGAGUGCAACUGUGAACCGGUUACGUAUACCUCGAACUGCUUGCAUGAGACCCCGUGUAGUACAUGAAUUGAUGAACACCACAACAAUUUUAAACCGAUUUAAUGAAGUCUAUCCCAUCUGCUGAAAAAAGAUACUAGUUACAGUUCUAAGAUACAUGAAUGAACGUUUGUAGUAUUCUUUAGAUGUUUCUUAUUGGUCCACAUUUAUGUAUAGCCCCCCAUAAAACACAAGGUCCCAAUUCCCAACAAAAUCAGCUAUUAUAUUUUGAGUUCUCAGUGGAUAGUUUAAUUUUUUGCAAAAUUGAAGUUUGUUUGUAUAAGAUUAGAGACGAUUUGUAGAGGUUUCUUCUUCAUAAACUCCAGGUCAUUUACGAUUUGAAAACACUGUGCUUCGUUAUUGACUUCCAAUAUACACACAUUUUUGUUUUGCAGCCAGUAGCAAAGAGGUUGCAACCAGACAGACCGGUAAUUUGGUCAAGUUGGCAUGGCCAAUGUGCAUGCAAUAAAAUAAUACGUAUUGGCAUCAUUUAAUCAUGGCCUUUGGCUAGACUGCUUCUUUGCUGCUGCUGCUGUUUUUAUUUCUUUCCUACCAUUUUUGGCAAAGGCCUGCCUCCUUAUCUCUUUGAAAUUGAAAAAUAAAAGAUUUUUCUUUUCAAACGCUAAACCAAAAUUGAUGACUUUCGGCAUACGAUAAUAUCGUGCCCAUGUCAUUCGAUGUAAAACAUUUAAAUUUCAAAAUUUUACGACAUAUCUUUUAUGACAUAAAAUAUGAUUUAUGUACCAAAUAUGCUUAGGACUAUAAAUUCUUUCGAAAGGAUGUAAAUUUUAAAUCUAUAAUAAUAGUUAAGAACGAAAAAAAAACAAAACAAGUUUCUAUGUAUAAGUAUAUAGUUCUUACCAUGUAUUAUUAUGUAUAAACACAUACUCACACAGAUGCUACUGUAAAUACUUUCACAUUUAUAGCAACAUGAUAUAUAUGAAAGUGAAUACAAAGUCUAAAGUACAAUCCACACAUCUAAUUAUUUGUGUUUUCUUUUUCUAAACAAAAUAAAACUUUACAAAUAAGUUCACGUGAACAUCAUCAAAAACUAACAAUAACAAUGGAAAAGUAAUAACAAUAACUACAACAUUUUUGUUAACAGUGAAAAAGCGAAGCAAUAACUUUUAUUUGUGAAGAAAAUCGCCUAGCUUUAAGUGCAACUAGAUUUAAGCUAUUCUUAAACAAACAAUUAUUUAUAUUUAUCUUAUGAAAUCUAGGUAUUUAUAUAUUUAUGGUUAAAAACGAAUGAAACUGAUUACAUAUUAAGUAUGAUAUACACUCCUACAUAUACACACACUUAUAUAUAUAUUUAUAUAGCAAACAAAAUGUUUAACUCCAAAAAAUAUGCAUAUUUUUAAACCAAGUUUAUCUAAAUUAUUAAAUAACUAACUCUUAGCUGUAAGGUGAACUUUAUUUGAAUAAAAGAAAACUGAAUUAACUGGAAAA